AGGGUCGUCUCGGUGGAUAUUCACCCCUAUUUAACCGCAAUCAGGCUAACCAACAUUAUGGAUAAAUGGGUAAGUGCAACCAGUGCCUACCACGAUUCGCCCAUGCUGCAUAUAAUAUCUCCUUAUGCUCCUCAUCUCUGAUUCUCAUUCUUUUUUAUUACAAAGUUCUUACUCGCAUCAAGUUUGGCAAAAAUGUCUGACAAAGAACCUCUAAUCACUCACAUCUACACGGCCGAUCCCUCGGCCAAUGUAUUCAAUAACACUCUAUAUAUCUACCCCUCACAUGACAUCCCCACCGAUAUCCAAGACAACGACAAUGGAGACCAAUAUGCAAUGAAUGACUACCACGUCUUCUCCAUGUCCUCGAUCACGGGUCCCGUAACCGACCACGGCGUCGUCCUAUCCGCCUCGUCCGUUCCGUGGGCUUCCAAACAACUUUGGGCCCCAGACGCCUGUACCAAAAACGGAAAAUACUACUUCUACUUCCCUGCUCGAGACAAGGAAGGUGUUUUUCGCAUUGGUGUCGCAGUUAGUGAUAAGCCCGAAGGUCCUUUCACUGCCGAUCCACAGCCUAUACCAGGAAGUUAUAGUAUAGAUCCGUGUAGUUUCGUAGACGACGACGGAGAAGCCUACCUUUAUUUUGGCGGAAUAUGGGGAGGCCAACUCCAAUGCUGGGGUUCCCAACACGAAGUUUUCGAGAAGGAUAAAUACGCUACUAUGGAACCUACCACUGGUUCUGCACUUGGUCCUCGAGUUGCGAAACUUACCGAGGAUAUGCAUUCUUUCUCGUCUCCCGUCCAGGAAAUCUCUAUCUUGGAUGAGAAAACGGGCGAGAAACUGAAGGCAGAGGAUCAUGAUAGGAGAUUCUUUGAGGCACCCUGGAUACAUAAGUAUAGAGGAAAAUACUAUUUUUCUUAUUCAACAGGGGAUACGCAUUUCUUGUGUUAUGCGGUAGGAGAUAAGCCCGAGGGGCCGUUUGUGUAUAAAGGGAGAUUGUUAGAGCCUGUGAUAGGGUGGACAACACAUCAUAGUAUCGUGGAAUUUCAAGGACGCUGGUGGUUGUUUUAUCAUGAUAGUAGUUUGAGUGGGGGAAAGAAUCAUUUGAGGUGUGUUAAGGUUAGAGAGAUCUUCUACGAUGAGGAUGGUUCGAUGAGGGUCGAGUAGUUGGGGAAGAAAAUGUUUGGAUUUGUUGGAGGAUAAAAGUAUUAUUCACUGAGCAAUCAAGGAUUUUACGAUUCGUACUCUUCUAGGCUAUCGCAAAUCAAAAGGGUUAGGAGCGAAAGCCUAAAGGGUACCUUCCUCUGUAACUUCUAGCGUUGGUCUUGACCUAAACAAAAAAAUUGUUCCAUCCAUUACAG